AUGGUUGUCUUGCAAAGCUUUGAUCGUGGGGUCAUCCAAGGAUGGUGGGAUGAUAUCCAAAAGAGAUAUCCUGAAACCUAUGAAGUUUUCAAACACUGUGUAUUAGUUCCACACUUUCUGCUCCAAAACCAGAUUUCAGACUGGUGCAAGUUAAAUGGCGUUGACCUUCCAACGACUCAUGAAGAAGAACUUACGAAGGAAACUAGAAACAGUAUCAUUGCUCUUCUAAUGAAGUUGUCACUGUCAACGCCAGAACAGAAAGGAGCUUUAAAGGAGCUAUGUCAAUUAGCUCAAAGAAGUUCAGGCGUUCGAACCCUCUUUGGUAAGAUACAGAUGAUUGAGAAUUUGAUGCAUCCGUUGUCAUCCGUAUCUCUUGCUGAUACUGAAUUCCGAAAUGAUUUACUACUGCUGUUACAACAUUUAUCUGUACUCGACAAGAACAAAAUUUUUUUGGGGGAAAACGAAAAGAUAAUGGUUUUCUUAGUUGAUUCGUUGAAAUCAUGCAGUGCUCAAGUCAGGAUUAAAGCGGCAGGAACCUUGGCUUCGUUCGCGUGUUUAGAUUCAAAUAAACACAUAAUUGGAAACAGUGGAGCCAUCAAAUUUUUGGUAAGUUUACUUAAAGAGGAAGACCAAUUAGGUCUUAAAACUGCUGGAUCAGCCAUAUACAAAUUAUGUUUUUUACAUGAAAACAUAGUUAGGACGGUGCAAGAAGGAGCUGUGGAGAUUAUUCUUGAUUUGUCUGCUAUUGGCUUCUCUUUUCCCACCAGAGCAACACUUCAAGAGCUGAAGUAUGGAUCAGUAACAUCAAUAGAUGAGGAACUGGUUGAAAGUGAUGGAAAUGAACUGCAAAAUGUUAGAAAAGCAGAAGGAGUGUAUGUAGUUAGCUCUGAGGAUGGAAGUAGCCACAUGGUGGCUGUUACAGCAAGUUUCUUCGAGAGUGGGUAUGAAGAUGGACUGAGACUUUUUGGAAAACAUAUGGUUGCACUUUAUGACUUCAGGGAAUAG